AUACCGGCGGCGCACAGCACCGCAGACAAUCACGAAACAGCAAAUGCUGGCACAGGAGUGAGCGAGAAAACUGGCCGACCUUCGAGGCGGGUCGGAACGAUGGAUCGAGGAAAAAAAUCUACGACAACAUUUUAGUUGUUGUUUGACUCUCCGAUGCGGAGGACCGUCUUUUGUCUGGUUUGAAAUUCGGUAGGUUUUUGUUGCGCCGAUCGAGAGAUCGUCAUCGAGACGCGGGCGGUCGGUAAGAACGUAGAUCGUUUCGAAGAUUUCGAAUGAGGAACACGGACGAAGGACGAAACGAGCCCAUCUAGUCGGUAUUCAAAGCAUAUAGGGAGGAUACUGCUUUUUUUUCGCGUGAAAUACUUAGUGAUCGCCGGGACACGUGAAGCGAAGUGCAACCGAAAAAGGACCAGAAGGAACGAUUUCAAUUCAGCAAAAAGCGAGAAAAGAUUCAAAUUUCAAAGCAUUUUUUUCUGUUCGUUUCAUUGUUGUGAAGGAAACAAGAUCAAUACGAAAGGAAUUUUGUCUAUUCGAACAACUUUGUGGGAGUUUCGGAAGGACAAAUUCAAGUGUGGAAGAAAAAGAGGAAACAGGAAGAUAUAAUCCUCGUUGUGAAGUAGAGAAAGACGAAGUGUAGAAAGCGCGACGAAACUCGCGGAUUGAAGUGACAAGUCGUUGGGUUCGACAAGAGGCUUAGCGCGGAAAAAAGGUGAUAUAAGAAGUAAAGUGUGAAAGUGCUGGAAACAUAGAAAAGCUGGAAAAAUCUAUCCGUACAAACAAGUGAGCAUUAAAUGCAGUGGGAAACCCCGAUUACGGUGGAACGAAACCGAUACUACCCGCCGAGUAGAUAGCAAUAUAGUGGUACAAUUAUGCAGCUCAGCUGAGACAGAAUCGUGGAAACAGGUCAAAGCAAUUUGCGGCGCUAAUUGAAUGCACUUUUACCAGGCUGGCCUGGUGCUUCGUGGGUAAACUUCCCGUAAGCCGUGCUGUGGAAAUUGCCCUUUUAGUAGUCGCUCAUUGUAAGGUUUCAGUGCAUGCAAGUCAGUUGAGCGGUAGUUGAUUGUCGCUAAGUUCUUGUGAUUGAUGAUAUGGAUUGACCCGCCACGCCGCCAAACGACGCUGAUGACAGAUCGACGAGGACAAAAGGAAUGGGAAACAGUGAUUGUCGGUGUUGCGUCAAAGACAACGAUCUGACAUUGUUGUAUUCAUGUUGAAGCUGAGUGUGGAUAGCUGGGAUAACUGCAAGCUGACGUGUAACAGAGUGUCAAAUUGUGUGUGAUGAAAACACCAAUUAAAGUGCAAAAAAAGAAUAAUUGUCAUAUGAAAGAACACGUAACCGAUAUAUCACACACAAGAAAACGUGUUUCGCGGCCACUUUUGGGGUUUUGCAGUGUUGGGCGAUGAGGAGCCAAUCGAUAGCCCCGCAGAAACACCAUGGACGACGGAGUCCAAGAGCAGUGUAUAGUGAUUGAGUCAGCUGCUGAGAGUUGAAACCUGAGGCAGUCAGUGAGGAAUCAGAAAAAAAAUAACCCGGUGAAAAAAACAGUGAUUGUGGAUCUGAUAGUGCGUGCGACGAAACAAGAAACCUGCUCGUAGAGUGACCGGUCCUCGGAAGUGGGCAACGACAGGCAACCGCGGCGCGAAGGGGUCAGUCAACGUGCGUUGCGUUGCGUAUGUGCCUGUGCGUGUAGUGUUUGUGCCCUUAAUGUGAAAAAUCAUAUAUGAAAUGGUGACACUAAUGCCUUGUAGCUACAUAUCGGCCCCCCGGAUCUCCAUCAUUGAUAAAAUGAUAGAGAUAGAACCAAAGGGUAAAAGAUCACGCACAGAAGGACCAGAAACAGCAGAGAGGAGUCGAACCUACAACUCAACGUCAGUAUCCAGUCUUAGUUCAGGUGGUUCGAUAGACAGCUGCUUACCACCGAGUGGAUCGACGCUGCAUUAUCCAACGGCUUCCCAUUCAGCUGGUUCGUAUUCUUUGCUGAACAACAACUAUCGCUCCCUCAGCAGUUCAUCCAGCAUUCAUAGUGCGCACAACGGAUUAAGUUUAUCUUACGGGACGAAUCAUAGUUCAACAUCCGGUGGUACUGUAGUGUCCCGCCUCAACGGAGGGGCGUCGUCUACGAUCACCUCUGGGAGUAGCAGCAGUGCAGGCACCGCCGGAAACUCUCUGGAUGGACUUCCUUCAUCCACCGCCAUCAGUAAUAGUACAGUGGGCCUGAACACCGCAGGUCACGGAACAUCGGCCACCGCACUGGCUUCGUCCGAGCUGGGGAUGUCGCAUUGGCUGACCGACGGGACAGUCAAAUCGGAAAUCCGUAGCCCAGGACUUGACGCAGCCAUCUCCGGUGGAAACCUCGCGGUCGGCUCCACCCAUCUCGACAGUUCUCUGUUCUGUACCAACCCCAACAACCUCGACGCCCUGCAGAGUAGCACUAACUCGUACGAUAAGUCUGAGUACUACCCAUACGCUUACAACAUGCAGCAAUACGCACCGUUCACGUAUUCAUCCUACGGAUCUCCGUACCAAACGAGGACGUCCUCGAAAAUCCCCUCACCAAAUACAUAUCUUCCAUCCAGCUACGCGGCGGCCGCUGCCAACAACAACUCAGCACAAAUCUACUCUUCCUACGGAUACAACAACUUCGCACAGUUCGGCACUAGUCAGCAGGACUACUACAACUACAAUGAUCCAACGUACUCGCCGUACUAUCAGACCGCCACCUACCCGCCGUACGUCAGCUCUCCUGGUUCCAGCGGCAGCCAAAGCUUCCACGUGGCAGCGGGCCUAUCUGCCGAAAGCCCCUCGGAAGGCCAUUCCGCCGCAACUCCGACCAUGCUGGCUCACUCGCAUUCACCCCAAUCACCCCUCUCCAUCUCACCUACCAUCCAAGCGGGUUCGGCGGCUGCCGUGGCAGCAGCUGCAGCAGCAGCAGCCGCCGCCAAAUCCACACCCUCGGGGAAGCCAGGACGGGCGCGGGGGCGAAGACACGCACAUCCCAGUCCGACGCGAAGUUCCACCUCGGAGCCGGGCGUGACGGAGAAGGCACCCGAGCGGAUCUUCGUGUGGGAUCUGGACGAGACGAUCAUCAUUUUCCACUCGCUGCUGACGGGGACCCAUGCGGCCAAGUAUAAUAAGAGCCGGGACCACCACAUGCAACUGGGCUACCGAAUGGAGGAGCUCAUUUUCAACAUGGCGGACGCCUUCUUCUUCUUCAACGACCUGGAGGAGUGCGAUCAGGUACAUAUCGACGACGUGUCCUCCGACGACAACGGCCAGGAUCUGAGCAAUUACAAUUUCUCCGCCGAUGGUUUCCACCCCGGAACGGCACAAGGAGCUCCACCUAAUAUUUGCCUUCCUAAUGGCGUUCGCGGGGGCGUUGACUGGAUGCGAAAGCUGGCAUUUCGCUAUCGGAAAAUUAAGGACACCUACAACACCUACCGAAAUAAUGUUGGUGGUCUCCUAGGUCCUCAAAAACGGGAACACUGGCUGCAAGUUCGGUCCGACAUCGACUUCGAAACGGACAACUGGCACAGUCUAACGCUGAAGUGUUUGAACAUGAUUGCCCAGCGGGAGAACUGCGUCAACGUGCUGGUGACGACCACGCAGCUGGUUCCGGCCCUGGCCAAAGUGCUGCUCUACGGACUGGGGCAGAUAUUCCCGAUAGAGAAUAUUUAUAGUGCAAAUAAAAUAGGUAAGGAAUCCUGCUUCGAACGGAUCGUGACCCGAUUCGGUCGGAAAAGCACAUACGUGGUCGUCGGUGACGGCCAGGAUGAGGAAAGCGCUGCCAAAAAUCUUAAUUUUCCCUUCUGGCGGAUAUCGAGCCACAGUGAUAUCCGGUCGCUGCAUACCGCCCUGGAGAUGAACUUCUUAUGAAGAUGCUCAGCGAUGAACAUCGCUUCGGCGACGAUGACGACGAGGACGAUGACGACAACGUGUCGUUUCAUACUUGCUGUGAAUGCAAAUAUAAGAUUCUAGUGAAUUUAGGCAGAUUGAAGAAAUGUGUAAAAGACAGAGUCAGUUUAGAAACUUAAAAUGAUUAGCAUUUACAUGUGAGAAGUCCCGUGUACAUUAAAAACCUAUAUCUAACACCAGAGAGCACUUUGUAAAAAAAAUUGUCGUCUUAUCCCCCAGCAAAAUUGAAAUAUUCAUGUAAUGUCAUAUGAGAUCAUAAAUUUUAGGGCAUCACUAUUCAAAUAGCAAAUUUUCCAAAUGAUCAGCCACAGUUUGAAAGUCGCGCAAUGUUGCUCAAUCAGUUUUCUAUUGUACGCAUAAACCUCCGCACUGAACUCAUUUUCGUUCGUUCAAAUUCCCAGUGUAUUGAUCGUCCUACUACUAGGUACGAAAGAAUCGAAUUCAAACCUAAUGAAUUUAUUAAAAAAAAAUAACUUAAUUUCGGCAUGAAACUGAAUUGCACUAAGAAGUAGUAGAAUUGUAAAAAAAAUAAUCUAAUAAGUACUAAUUGUUGGUGAGCAACUGAAUGAUGAAAGGCUCAUCCCUGUCGGCGUAAACUGUCGCAUCUAUCAAACAUCUGUGUUAAAAUAUUUAGGAUUGCGUGCGAAGAUGAGAAAAAGUAUCAUGAUUGUUUUAAAACUUAUAAGAUGAAAGAGACGUCCAUUUGUACAUAAAAUCACCCUAAAAGAAUCAAAAUACAAACACAUACAUUAUCUUUUACUAAGAAAUUUCUAAAUAAAUUGCACCUAUGUAAAGCGAACAAAAAUGUGUAUUUAUAAGCCCUACCUAAAUAUAUCAAUAAAUGAACUCAAAUGUAAGAAAUGCGAA